UUGAGUGGGGAAAACGAGUGUGAUAGAGAGAGAGAGGCAGAGAGAUUGAGUGGGGGGAAACUCAGAGAGAUAUCGAAAGACAGAUUGAGUGAGAGGGAGUCACGAUUACGAUAUAGGGAACGAGACAGAGAGCUGAGAAUCGUUACACAAGUCGACGUAGUGCAGGCGACAGGGAGAGACAGAGGUAAGAAGCAGGUAAGAAGGAAGAAGGAGAGAGAGUGGGAGGUGAGGGGAUAGCCAGGCGGCGAUCAUGAGAACCUGAGGCUGGGCGAGAGAGAGAGAGAGAGAGAGAGAGGUAGGAAAGGGGGAGAGGGCGUUGGCAAAGACGACAGACACGCGGUGAGGGCAAACGGGGAAACGGCCAUGUCCCGGGAGACACCGCCCCCGCCCUCCGACAUCCCCCGCAACCUCAGCUACAUCGCCAGCCUCUACGAGAGAGCUUUCUACGCCUCGCAGAGCCCCAGCGCAGAGGAGGAGGAGGAGGAGGAAGAGGAGGAGGAGAGGGGGAGGGGCAGGCUGACAGUGACAAGAAGGAGGAGGCCCAGGGCUCGCUCACUCCCAGCUAGGCCCGACGCCGGCCGCAGCAGGAGCCCCGACACACGCAAGAGGGUGCGUUUCGCCGACUCGCUGGGCCUGGAGCUGACCUCCGUCCGCAGCUUCAGCCGCUAUGAGGCGCCGCGCGUGCCAGGCCACGUACAGGCCAAGCUCCAGAGGGACGCCAUCCGCCAUUUUCAAAGCCACUGCGGAGGACUGGCCUUCAAG